AUGGGCGACACGUUAGGCGCCAUCGUGGAAUACCUAGAGCGCAACAACCUCCACAAGGCCGCGGAGGCGCUGCGACUCGAAAUGUCGCAGAAGCAGGCGUCGCAGAAACGUCCUUCGCAGAAGUUUCCUUCUCACAAGUUUCAGCAGUCAUCUCCUCCCGCCGCCUCCUCCGCCUCCGCCGCCGCCGCCUCCUCCCGCCCUCCGCCGGACCCGUCGGAUAUGGACGUUAAUCUCUUCCUCUGGAUGAAGCAGGACCAAAUGUUUAAUGGCGGCUCCGGGUUUUCCGGGGCAGGAGGCGGCGCCAGCAGCGGAGGCGGGACCGGCGGGGGAAUCAGCGGCGGAAACGGCGGCGGGUUUGCGGGAUUCGCGGGAUUCAACGCGAUCGCGCGCAGCAACACGGCGCCGUCACAGUUUUUGGAGCACGCCGGCCUGCCGUGGUCGCCGGCGCACUCUCCCCCCAUGGCGCAAUCCCCCUCCGCCACUCCCCCCUUGUCCCAAUCCCCCUCCGCCACUCCCCCCACGCAAUCCCCCUCCGCCACUCCGCCGGGCCGCUCUCCGCGUCAGCCGCCGCAAAUCCUCUCUUCUCUCUCUUCCUCGGGAGCACCUCCUCCUAAGAGCGAGCAUCCGUUUUCCGCGGCGUAUUUCCCGAGAUCCCCGUCCCUGCCGUCCCCCACCUCCCUGCCGUCCCCCCGGUCCCUGGACGUGGUUCACGAGGAGGACGCGUCACUGCUCGCCGCCGCUCUUGCGGAACCAAAUAGGCCAGGUUCGGCAGCAGGCUCGUCGGCAUUAAGUUCGGUAGCAUCAGGCUCGGCAGCGGCAGGUUCGGCAGUGGCAGGUUUGGCGUCAUCAGCGCCGUCGGAUCGGAAUUUCAGUGUGACGGGAGGGCAGGAAGCAGAGAUCUGCAAUCUCGUUCCUCUCGUUCCUCUCCUCGUUGCAGACCCUAUUCUUGGCUUAACCGAAUCCCCUACUAAAGCUGCUCCGGUACUGGAUAUAGCACCUUCCCCUCCUAACGCCCCCCCAGUCGCGUCCGCGUUAGACAGCGGUUUUCCCCGUUUGAAGCCGAUUCGCCUCAGUGCAGAGAGCCGCGACGGGGUGAACCUGGUCGCGUCGCUGGACUUUGGGAUUGGCUCCCUGCGGGAGAGCAGAGGGGGCGGGGAGAGGGACGGCGGGGGAAGUGACUGGGGCGCAGGGGGAAGCGCGAAGGACAGCGGGGGCAGUGCAAGAGGGAGCGCGGGAAACGAGUUCGAAGGUGUGGGGGGGUUGGGAGAGGUGGGUGUGGGUGCAGAGGUGCUUGAGUUUGCCGCGGUACCUGAUGUGGGGGGGAUGGGGGAAGCGCAAGCAUUGGCACAAGUGGUCACAACACCGCAGCAGCAGGGGCAGUUAGGGGCGGGGCAGCAGGGGGCGGCGCACCACGAGCGGCAGGCAUCAGGGGAGCGCAGCCCCGUGGGGUCCUCUGCACCCUCCUCGCCCCUCCCUACCAUCACAAUCGCCCCCGUGGUCGCACCACCACAGCAGCAGGGGCAGCAGACCGGGCAGCAGGGAGCAGGGCACCAUCAGCGGCAGGCAUCAGGGGAGCGCAGCCCCGUGGGGUCCUCUGCACCCUCCUCCGCGCCCUCCUCGCCCCUCCCUACAAUCACAAUCGGCCCCGUCGUCGUGGGCUCACAGGUGCUGUCAGAGAAAUUCGGUAUAAGGCACCCGCAUGGUGCCGGCGCGUUAGCAGGAGGGGGCGGGUCAGGGAACGUGGCUAGAACGCUUGAGUCGAUCAGACACUCCCCUCGGGGGGCGUUGGCAGGAGGGGGCGGGUCAGGGAACGUGGCGGGGACGCUUGAGUUGACUAGGCAUUCCCCUCGGGGAGCGUUGGCAGGAGCAGGGGGGUCAGGGAAUGUAUUGGGGGGCUUUUCUCAGGAGCUGACCCGAAGCUCUCCUCUUGAGCUGACUCGAAAAUCGCCCAGGGGAGGGUUGGGAGGAAGCGGAGGGUCCGGGCCUGUGCUGUCUCGUUCGGGGACGGCGGACGGGUCAGCGUCGGUGGUAACCAGGUCCACGUCAGCAGCUGCUGAGUCAGACGCGGGGGAGCGCGGGCCGGGGGUGGAUUAUAGCGAGAUGCUGCUGUUAGAGGGUAGUGGGUCGGACUCUGACGCGUAUGAGGAGGAGGAGGACGUGGGGUAUGUGAGGAGACUAGUGGAGGACGAGGAGAGGUUCUUAUUGUAUGAGUUAGACUCGGAGACAGAUGACGAGAAGGGGAGCAGUAGUAAGGUUGCAGUGGGUAAGGGUGAAGGGGCGAGUGCAUUAAAGGAUGAGAAGGGGAGCAGCAGCAGCAAGGAAUUGGUGGGUAAGAGUGCGGGAGAGGGGAGUGCUGUGGAUGGUGGGAAGGAAAGCAGCAGCAAGGUAUCAGCGGGUAAGAGUGCGGGAGAGGGCAGUGCAUUGGAUAAAGACCUGUCGGUUCGUGAGGCAAUGGAGGGGAGCAGCCGCGGCAAGGCAGAAAACGAGGUGAAAAUGACUUCUGAAGCGGUGCAGAAGGGUAGUGGGGUUGGGGAGGGGGCGGAAUCAGGGAGCGGGGCAGCAGGCGUUGCAGGGGGGGUAGUGGGUGUUGAAGGGGGGGAGAAAGAGCGAGGUAGUGAGGGGGAGAAGGUGAACGAUGGGGCAGAAGCGAUGGAGGAAGGAAGUGCUGUGGAUCUCAUUCGGAAUUUGAUUGGUACGAGGACCAGUGGUGCUGGUGGCCUGGAUGGGCUGACUUUUGAGUCGACUCAAAAGUCAGAGGUGGUGGAGGGAGGAAGUGGUGUUGAUCUCAUUGUGGAUCUGAUUGAUACGAGGACCAGUGAAGCGGGUAGCCUGGAUGGUGGUGGGCUGGAUGGUGGUGCCUCUUUUGAGGCGCCUCAAAAGUCGGAGGAAGGAGGAAGUGCUGUGGAUCUAAUUGUGGAUUUGAUUGAUACGAAGACCAGUGGCGCUGGUGGCGUGGAUGGUGGUGCCUCUUUUGAGGCGCCUCAAAAGUCGAUGGAGGGAGGAAGUGCUGUGGAUUUGAUUGAUACGAGGACCAGUGAUGCUGGUGGCGUGGAAGGUGGUGGUGCCUCUAAGAGUGCUGAUAGGAAGGGUGGCAGGGGUGUGCUGUUACAGAAUGUGAUUGUGGGAGGCGGGGCGAGGGGGAGUGGGGGCGGGGCAGGGGGGGGUGCAGCGGAGGGGCGGAGGGGUGACGAGCAAGGCGGGGAGGGUGAGGAAAGUGGUUUCGGGGAGGAUUUUGGAGGUUUUGGGGGGGGCGGAGACAGGGGAGGGAGGGAUGAGGGAGGCGGGUUUGGGCACGAUGGGGAGGGGGGGGGCUUUUCGUUCCACUCGUCCUCGAGUAAUGAGGGGCUUUCGCGGGGUAACUCCGGGUGGUCGGGGCUGGGGGAGGGGUUAACCCCCCCGUCUCUGGGCAGCAGCGGAGCAGCAGGCAUGGGGGAGCAGGAGCUAGAGCACGAGCUAGAGAGAAUGGGGAGCGUGGCGGAUAGCACUCUCGAGGUUUGGAAGAAGCAGGCCAGUGGGACCUUCCCGAAGCUUGCCCAGACUGCUUCGGGGAACUGGGAUUUUGCGGAAAAGGGGAGUGUGGGGGGUGGGGGAGGAGGGGAGGGGAGGAGUGGGGCGGGGAGUGAGGGGGGGAGUGCGCGGAAUAGUGUGGUUGGGGAUAGGCGGUCGAGGCUUUCGGUUGAGUCGGUUGAAGUGGGGGAGUUGGGGGAGGUGGGAGGGGUGGGGGGAAUGGGGGGGGGAGAGGUGGGAGGGGGAGAGGAAGAGAAGAAGCAGGAUGAAGCGAGUGGAGGAGAAGCAGGGAGAGGAAAGGCUGUGGGGAAGGAAGGAGGAGACGGGGCAGGGGGUGCUGAGAAGAGGGCAAAGAGUGGGGAGCAGGCAGCAGCAGUAGUGGAUAAAGAGGAGGGGAAGGGGAAGGAGGAAGGGAAAGCAAAAGAGGAGGAGGAGUUUGAGACGUUCAAUUUGAGAGUCAUCCAUAGAAAGAACAGGACCGGGUUGGAGGAGGACAAGGACUUUCCAGUGGUGCUCAACUCAGUGAUAGCGGGGCGAUACUACGUGACAGAGUACCUCGGAGCAGCAGCGUUUAGCAAGGCCAUUCAGGCUCACGACCUGCACACGGGCAUGGACGUUUGCAUGAAGAUCAUAAAGAACAACAAAGACUUCUUUGAUCAAAGCCUGGACGAGAUUAAGUUGUUGAAGUUUAUUAACCAGCAUGAUCCCGCGGACGAGCACUGCCUGCUGCGGAUGUAUGAUUACUUCUACCACCGGGAGCAUCUGUUGAUAAUAUGUGAGCUGCUACGAGCCAACCUGUACGAGUUCCACAAGUACAACCGGGAGUCGGGAGGCGAGGUUUAUUUCACCAUGCCGCGCAUCCAGUCCAUAGCCAAGCAAAUCCUGAAGGCCCUGCGCUUCAUGCACUCGCUGGGGCUCAUACACUGCGACCUCAAGCCCGAGAACAUCCUCAUUAAGAGCUACUCGCGCUGCCUCGUUAAAGUGAUCGACAUCGGCAGCAGCUGCUUCACAUGGGACGCGCUGUGCUCCUACGUGCAGUCGCGCUCGUACCGAGCACCGGAGGUCAUUCUGGGGCUGCCCUACGGGCCCAAGAUUGACGUGUGGUCGCUUGGAUGUAUUCUCGCUGAGCUCUGCUCUGGACAGGUGCUGUUUCAAAACGACUCCCUGGCAACGCUGCUGGCGCGGGUGGUGGGCAUCAUAGGCCCCAUCGACCCCUCCCUCCUGCGCAGAGCCAAGGACGCCCACAAGUAUUUCACACGGCACCGCGUGCUAUAUGAGCGCAACCCGGAGACGGACGCACUGGAGUAUCUGAUUCCCAAGAGGACCUCUCUCAAGCACCGGCUGCCCAUGGGAGAUGAGGGCUUCCUUGAGUUCGUGGCGUCCCUGCUACAGGUGGACCCUGAUAAAAGACCAACAGCUGAUGAAGCUCUUCUACACCCAUGGAUGUCACAUGAGUACGAUCCCAUCACAUGA